GCCAGUCGGCAAUGUCCCCGAGUCAGGGACUUUUUCCAUUUAAAAAUAGUCGCGAACCUCGUCAGCUUCGACAUAUUCGCCCUUUUCAUCCCCCCCCUACAGAGCCAGCAGCCCUUCGAGAUCUCUCCCUAGGCGGACAAGGCACACAGGAGCUACAAAUGGCUAAACAUGGCGAAAAAAGGGAAAGGGAAGGCCACAGCGCCCUCCAGUGGCUCAUCGUCAAUGACCUCGUCACUCAUGACCUCGUCGUCAGUGACCUCGUCGUCCAAGACCUCGUCAUCUAGGUCUACAGGCGGCACCAGCGCCAGCCAGAAUAACAACUCGCAGAACGACGACUUCAUAGUCUUCACAAAUUCUACUACUGACUCGAAGCCGAGUAGGAGAGGCGGACAAGGGGGUCCCCCAAAUGCUGGAGGGAAAAAGCCUAGCGACGGCGACGGCGCCGCGGAGGCUUCAGGCCCGCCGAAGCCCACCGUGAAGCAGAUCGUCGGUGGCCAUAGCUGGACCGGAAAACUGCCAGUGAACUUGCUCUCGGAGCACUGCCAAAGGCAGAAGUGGGACAAGCCCGACUACAAAAUCUACAAGCGCUCAGAGAACUUCAUGAGCUCUGUGCAGCUCAGCGCGCGAAACCCCAAGACCCAGGAGAUCCAGAAGCUCCCUCCGUUCGAACCUCCUCCCCACUACAAGCACCUAGUAAGCAAGCCGACGCCCCUGGAGGCCAGGCAUGCCGCAGCCACGUAUGCGCUAUUCAGGGUCUGUAGUAUGAAGAACAUACAUACAACCCUUCCCCCGGACUACAGGUCCUUGUGGAAAGAGUUCGAAAGCCUCAAGGCCGAGGAUGGGAGGAAGGGAAAUGGUUGGAUGUACGACGCGGAUCCCUUCGCCACGAUGAAGCGGCGAGAGGCGGACGAGGCCGCUGCCGAGAAGAAGCGGAAGGAACAGGAGGCCAUCAAGGAGAAGGCCAAGAACAUGCCCGGAGCGGCUGGUCUGGUUCUCCAGGGCAACUCUUCGGGUUCCUCGAAUUACAUGAAAGGAUGGGCUACCGCGCCCAAGAUCGAAAUGGGCAGGAAGACGCGGUCGCAGCUGGAGGACAUCCUUCGGCGCGGCGUCAUCUGGAACCCCCACGGGGUUGAGAUGCCGAACGACCAGAAGGAUGCCGUCGUCAAGAAGCUUACCCAAUCUGGCUUCCGGAAGAGCCACGUGGAGGAGGCAGUCGACGAGUGCAAGGAUGGCGAAGAGGCUCUGGAGUGGCUGCUAAUACACGUACCCGAGGACGACUUGCCCCAGUGGGCUCUGCCGGGGAGCUAUAGUGCGGGUGUUACCGUUGCCGCGACGCAGGACCUGAGGCGCGAGGCGGCCGUAAAGCGGCUAUCCCAAUCCGGCUACUCCGCCGAGCUGUGCAAGAAACUGUACGACGAGAAUUCCGGGGACGAGGGACGCGCUGCGGAGGCGUUGCAGCAGUUCUUGCUUUCUAGCGGCGACGACCCUGUCUCGACGAAUCCUACCCCGGAAGAGCCCCUGAUAUUCAACACCCCAGAGGAGUGCUGGAACGACGAGAUGGAGAGUCUCGCGUCUGUGUUUGGUGACAAGUUCAAGCGCCCGUCCGACGACCUCUGCCAGAUUCAGAUUGAUUCGGUCCGAGACGGCUCCAAGAAGGACAUCGAUACGAUUGCGCAGUUCCGUAGGUCGCCUCGAUAUCCGGCCGAAGUCAUCGUGUCUGUGAUCGCGGACCUACCUUCCUACAUAAAACUGAGUGUUCUAAAGAGGACACUUGCUUAUCUCGACGAGCAUUUACGCGAAGAGCCCAUGAAAAUCUACUUCGCAGUUGAUUGGGUUCAGCAAAAUAUCAACUCUAUCAUCGAAAACCCUGGUAAGCUUCGAGACAUAUCCGGGGUAGCAUCGACCGCAGCAGAGACUCGCCGUGUCGUCCCCGUAAAACAGAAACCUACUAGGCAUCCGAAGUCGCUAUAUUGGAGGGUGAAUGCGGGGAGCAGGGCCGAGUGGCAGAAACGGCAAGAAAGCCCUGCUAUGAAGAAAAUGCUGGCCCAGCGCCAGAAGCUACCGGCGUGGCAAGCAAGAGAACUAGUUGUCAGUGCCGUCUCGGAGAACCAGGUCACCAUAAUUGCCGGCGAGACGGGAUCAGGCAAGUCCACACAGUCCGUUCAGUUUAUCCUCGAUGAUCUCUACAGCAAGGGAUACGGGGACGCUGCCAGCAUCAUCUGCACACAACCGCGACGAAUCUCGGCCCUCGGCCUUGCGGACCGGGUUAGCGAGGAGCGUUGUUCGCCGCUCGGAAAAGAGGUGGGAUACUCGAUCCGCGGCGAGCACAGAACGAGCCCCGAGACCAAGAUAGCCUUUGUUACUACCGGUGUGCUGUUGAGACGCCUGCAAACCUCGGGCGGACGGACCGAAGACGUGAUUGCGUCGCUGGCUGAUGUCAGCCACGUAGUCAUCGACGAAGUUCACGAACGAAGCUUGGACACGGAUUUCCUUCUGAGCAUCAUACGUGACGUCUUGAAACAGAGGAGAGAUCUUAAACUCGUGCUCAUGAGUGCCACGCUCGAUGCAGCCACUUUCCAGGACUACUUCACCUCGGAACAGCUGAGAGUCGGGCUGGUCGAGAUUUCCGGGCGUACUUUCCCGGUAGAUGACUACUACCUCGACGAUAUCAUCCGGAUGACAGGCUUUUCCGGGGACAAGGACAGGUAUAGAGAUCGGGGCCGAGAUCGGGACGAGGCAAUGUUUGAUGGGAGAAAUCAAGCGAAUCAGAGUGGCGGCGACGAGGGGGCCCAAGAUCCGAUCAACAAGAUCAUCCAGGGACUCGGCUCGCGCAUUAACUAUUCGUUGCUUGUUGAGACCGCAAAAGUGCUUGACGCGGAUUUACAUCAGAGCAAUAAGCAGGGAGGCAUCCUUAUUUUCCUGCCGGGUGUCGCAGAGAUCAACCGAACCGUCGCCCAGCUCAAGUCUGUCUCGUCACUGCACGUCCUACCUCUCCACGCCUCCCUCGACACACGAGAGCAGCGGCGGGUGUUCACCAGCCCCCCUCACGGAAAACGGAAAGUGGUAGUGGCCACCAACGUGGCGGAAACGUCUAUUACCAUCGACGAUAUCGUCGCAGUUAUCGAUACGGGCAAGGUAAAGGAGACGAGCUUCGAUCCCCAGAACAACAUGCGCAAGCUCGAGGAGACGUGGGCCUCCCGCGCCGCUUGCAAACAGCGCCGCGGUCGCGCGGGCAGAGUCCAGGCCGGCAAGUGCUACAAGCUGUACACAAGGAACCUCGAGGAGCGCAUGGCGGAGCGCCCGGAGCCCGAAAUCCGACGCGUUCCCCUCGAACAGCUUUGCUUGUCGGUGCGAGCCAUGGGAACUAGGGACGUUGCCGGGUUUCUGGGGCGAACACCAACGCCGCCGGCCAUUUCGGCGGUCGAGAACGCUGUCAAGAUGUUGCAACGGGUGGGUGCGCUGGACGGUGACGAGCUCACCGCGCUCGGCCAGCAGCUGGCCAUGAUCCCCGCCGACCUUCGCUGCGGGAAGCUCAUGAUAUACGGUGCCAUCUUCGGGUGUCUCGACGAGAGCGUGGCCAUCGCCUCCAUUCUGAGCACCAGGAGUCCCUUCGUAUCCCCACCGGACAAGAGAGACGAGGCCAAGACCGCGCGCAUGCGCUUUUCUAAGGGCGACGGCGACCUGCUCACGGAUCUGAGAGCCUAUCAACAGUGGAAUGCGAUGUCAGAAGAGAGAACGCCGCAGAGACAAUUGCGACAGUUUUGCGACGAAAACUUCCUCUCGUACCAGACUCUCGUAGACAUAUCUGCGACGCGAAUCCAAUACUGCGCGGCCCUCGCCGAGCUCGGCAUAUACGAGAGCCGCCCCGCCGGCAGCCAAGCACCUCUACACCUCCUGCGCGCUCUCACGGCGUCGGCCUUUGCGCCGCAGAUUGUACGCAUCCGGUUUCCCGACAAGAAGUUCGCGUCGUCGAUGUCGGGGGCGGUAGAGCUCGACCCCGAAGCCCGGACGAUCAAGUACUACACGCAGGACAACGACCGGGUGUUCAUCCACCCCAGCAGCACGCUGCACGAUAGCCAGGGCUUCCCGGGCAACGCGGCGUUCCUGUCCUAUUUCAACAUCAUCUCCACGAGCAAAAUCUUCAUCCGGGACCUUACUCCGUUCAAUGCUUUCACGCUGCUCAUGUUCGCAGGAGCCAUCGAGCUCGACACUCUCGGCCGCGGCCUCGUGGUCGACGGCUGGUUACGGCUGCGAGGCUGGGCGAGGAUCGGCGUCCUCGUCUCGAGGCUCAGGGGCAUGGUGGACAACAUCAUCGCCAUGAAAAUCAACGACCCGGGGGUAGACGUUCGCAGCAACGAGGUGAUUAAAAUGGUGGCGAAACUUAUAGAGCUAGACGGACUAGAUGCUUGAUGCCCAGGGGUAGUAGGUGUAUGUCUCGGGCUGGGGCAAUUUUUUUCCCCUUCUGUCAAUAGGAAUAGAAUAAAGUGGCUUGAAUACUAUUCUUCAUACCCCGCCCAACGCUUUCCCUUGCAG